GUUAACAAUGACGGGCAGAUUUGUUUUCAAACUGUGUAUCAACUACAAACUCGACCAAUGAUCUCUCUGACGCUAGGUGGCAGUGUGUCGGGAACAGCGAUGUAAAUGCAGCAGACUAAAAACAACGACGAAACGUUUGCUUUCUCCUGCUGUAGCGUUUCUGUACGCGGGGAUUUUGAGAUCGCAGUGUUUACUCUCGCGAAAUUUAGUCUUAUGAGAAAGCAUCUGUGAAAAUGCUGCUGAAGAAUAUCUGCUUCCGUCCAAUUACAUUUGAGCCGUAAUAGAAGUGGCUAUGUUUAUAUGCAGCUGUCACAGUCAUAUGAGAGGUUUUUUAAGAUUUGAUACCCGUAGAGCUGCUUUGUGAUAUUGGAUUCUCCGAAGAAAAAUCGUUUUUAGUUAUGUUAUUUUAUUCACUUACGGUCCACGAUGAUUAAGUGUAAAUCCAGCAAAUCUUCCAUGGUCAGUGGAGUUCAGUCAAACAUUUCUGCCUUUUUCGUCUCAAAGGUUUCACCAAAGUCACCUACAAAAAUGGCAGCUGGAAUUACAAGAGUCCCUGUUUCAGUGAAGACUGGUUUUGUGCAGGAUAAAAGUGUCCCCUGCUCUCCAACCCCUCCUGCUGUCCCAGAGACACCUGACAGUCUGAGGAGCGAGAACCCUUCAGACACUUCAUAUGAGAACCGCUCACCGGUCUCCCGUGGCCUGCUUACUAAAGGUGUCAGGGGUAAACCUAGCCUGAUGGCACGCAAGCUGAUGCAGCUGCAGAGAAACAGCAGUCUAGAGCCAAAAGACUCUUUUGAGCUUAAGAAUGGAGUAAGUCACUCUGGCUCUGUGAAGAGGUUGUUGCACAGCUCUGAGAACAUCCAGAGUGCAAAGCAGUCCAGGACCAUGCAAGUUCAGAAGCUUCCCGAUUGUGACACAGGCUUACCAAGGGCCCCUCAAAAGGAGUCUUCAGGGACUUUACAGAGAGCAUUCUCAAAGAGUCCAGAGAAAAAAAACAAAGCUGAGUCUAUCAGUUUUGAAAGUAGCCGAUUGGCAACUGGGCCUUGCGUUAAAAAAAAAGGAAAAUAAAUGGUUUCUCAAAGGUCUCAAAAAAAUCCUUUCAUGAUCUGAGCUUUAGUACCAGUGAGAAAGAGAAUUCACUUGCUCUAAACAUGAAGCCAGAGAUAGACGUGAGUACGGUUUCUGGAGCAAAUGACUUUGAUCUUGUGAUGUCAU